UGGUUGAUGGGAUAUAAGCGCCAUCUUGAAGGGCAACAAAUAAUCAUAUCCGUCGAAAACAACUUUUUCGCAGAUUCUUUAAAAUUUAAGUAGGUUAGAAUAACUUGGCAAUGGUUCGAACCUGUUGUGUUGUUGGAUGUAACGUCCGGUCGCACGACCGGAGUGGUAAAAAGAUAGAAAAUGGACUUUCGUUUCAUUGUUUUCCUGCCUGGAAACAACGAGAAGGAGAACAUGUAUCUGAGCUAACGAAACGAAGACGAAUGGCCUGGAUAUCAGCGGUGAAACGUCCUGAUAUAAACUUCUCCAGCAUUCCAAGAUACAUACAAGUUUGUUCCAAACAUUUCCAUUCUGGCAAACCUUCAUAUGAAAUGGAUGAGCAGAAUCCAGACUGGGUUCCAACUCUGCUGAUGAGUCCCCCCUCAAAUAUGUCGACAUCAGACCGACGUUCUCGUCGAAAGAGGCGCCGCAGCGGUGCAGCUAAAGACCAGACAGCAGCUAAAGUCCAGACAGCGACGGACAUGUCGGAUCGACAAGUGGAGGAGCAGGCUCCAGAGACUCCAUCAGAAACCCCAGGAGAGCCAAAUAAUAAACACACAGCAGUACAAACUAUAAAAGCUGGAGAGGAGCUUAGUGAGGCUGCAGGUCGGGAAGACGAACAUGAACCAGCAGCAAAAAGGCAACCAACCAAAUGUCAGUUGUGUGAAGAGAGGAUGGCAGAAGUAAACCGUCUGUUACAGGAGAACAGGGAGCUCAGGUCCGAGCUCAACAAAAAACAGUUGGCUGAAAAUUUUUUUAAGGACGACACAAAAAAGGUCACAUAUUACACAGGACUUCCUUGUUUUGCUGUCUUGUUGUCGUUGUUUAACACUGUUAUGCCUUUUCUCCCAGCAUCAAAAAAACUUUCACAAUUUCAAAUGGUUGUACUUACAUUGAUGCGUCUUAGACUUGAUCUGCCUGUUCAGCAUCUUUGCCAUCUUUUUAAUGUGUCACACAAAACUCUGUCUGAUGCCUUUGCUGACACCGUAGAUGUGUUGUACACACGCCUUAAGCCAGCGGUGAACUGGCCAGAGAGGCAUUGCUUACAAGCCGACAUGCCGCCUCAGUUUUUGAAAACAUUUGGAAAGCGUGUGGCAAUUAUUGUCGACUGUUUUGAAAUAGGCACAGAAAAGCCCUCAAAUUUAAAAGCACUCGCACAGUCCUUCUCUCAGCACAAAGGCGGACACACAAUGAAAUACCUGGUUGGGAUCACACCGCAUGGUUCAAUUUCUUUUAUUUCUAACGGAUGGGGCGGGCGAGCAUCAGACAAGCACGUAGCAGAAAACUGUGGCAUUCUCUCCAAUUUAUUGCCUGGGGACAUUGUGUUAGCUGGCAGAGGAUUUGAUGUUAAAGACAGUGUAGGAAUGAUGUGCGCUGAGGUCAAAAUGCCAUCAUUCACUAAAGGGAGAGGUCAGCUCGACGCUAAAGAUGUCGAAGACACACAAGCUGUAGCUCACCUCAGAAUCCAUGUGGAAAGAGUGAUCGGUUGCAUGAGAAACAAAUACAAAAUGUUACAUAGAACUGUGCCAAUAACUUUGCUGCUCACAUGUGAGGGAGAAGAGACGACACUUCUUGAUAAGAUUGUGUAUGUGUGCUGCAGUUUGGUGAACAUGAUUGUAAAGUCUAACGCAAAAGAAACCUCCACAUGUUGACAUGUAAAACAGGCUGGAAAAAAAAUGUCAUUGUUUUGAACUUUUUGUAGCAGCUGCUUGUGCUGUUUUAUGCAAAAAAUGUGCAUUGUAAGAAAUGUAUUUGCACAAAUUGUUUUGUGUUGAAAUGUUUGAACAGUUGAAUACUAACAUGGAUUUGACUGAUUUUUCUCAUUUAAUAAAUGUUCAUGUGGUGAACAUUC